AUGCACCAGUGGCACCCAACGCACUGCACGCUGCAGCUCAACUUCGUCUCGGGUGUCGCCUCCAAUGACGGCCGCUCGUCGAUCCUGAAGACAGGCGACACGUACAGCGGAACGUCUGUGAUUCGGUACGUGCGUCGCCCUGUUCCCUCCGCAGCAGCAGGUGAGGAGUUCCCUGCAGCCAUCAAAAGCAACAAGGAUGGGCUGCACUUUCACGCUAUUACUGCCCCCGUGCGCGCCUUUCCGAAGGCCCAGCCUCUUGUUCUGCACGCAGUCAAGGUGCAGCAGUACAGCGGCUCAGGCAUCCUGAAGGUGCUGAAAGUAGUUGAAGACGAUGACGACAGCAGUGGAGGCGGUGGCAGUGAAACAACACGCGGAGGUGCAGCAAAGGCUGACAACCAGCGCCGAAACAAAGCGAAGGACAAGUCGGGUGGUGCCAAGCACGGGGCCUCCUGCGGGCACCAUGGCGCGGAGGAAAAGCCGCAGCACGCCGACCCUGGCUCGAAGCACGUCUUCUUCGAGGGCGGCGCGAGCAUGCCGCUCGGCACCACCGUCGUGCUGUCCGUCACCUUCACAGGUAAAAUUCAGGCGUGGGAUCAGGGCGGCAUUUAUACCAACGAUAACAGCGAGGCAGCAGAACCAGCAACGCAUGGUGUGUUGCUGACACACUUCGAGGUCGCGCUUGCCCGUCUCGCCUUCCCAUGCCCCGACGACCCAAUGUGUUACCGCCUGAUGUGGCAGCUACAGUCGUUGCAGUUGCCUUCAUGCUACAACGUGGUGGCAAGCAACACGGCUGAGCUUGCGAGGAAAACGCUGGGGAGUAAGAGCACACAAUAUGUCUUUGCCUCAGUGGGGCCGCUGCCCGCCUACGUGCUUGCUUUUGCCGCCUUCACGGACUCGGUGGAGGUGGUGGAGGAGAGCCUGCAGCUGCGCGAAGCUCCAGACACAGCAGACGAGGGGAUUCAUGGGACUCACAACGGUGCGACGAAGAUGGUGCCUCUGCGCGUCAUGGCGGGCACGUCGAGUGGAGUGACGCAAGCCAUGCUGAAGCAAAUCGCCUACACGGUGCAGGAAGCUGUGCGCCUGUUGGAAGACUUUUUUGCAUCCCCAUUACCGUUGCAGCAGCUUCCCUUCUCCGACGGCUGCGACCAGCAGGAGGAGAUGCUCACAGUUGUCGUUGCCCCGACGAUGCCGUACAUAUCGGGUAUGGAGCACCACGGCUGUAUUUUUCUCAACGAGAAGAUCUACCGAUCGUCAUCGGGCAACGGCGGCAAUACAAAAGGGGCAAGCAAGCAGCACGCAACAGGAGCCAGUGGCGCUGAUGAUGCUACCAGAGUGGAACUGAUUGUGCACGAGCUGGCGCACCACUGGAUGGGAAAUGCACUUGGCAUGUCCUUUGUUCUGAAGGAGGGCGUCUGCCAACUGCUGGAGCAGUGCCUUGGGGAUGUAAUUCUGGGAAAGCCGAUGCGUAAAAUCAAACCGGCCGGUGAUGCCGCUGCUUCGUUGCCUCCCACCUCCUCUUCUCCUCCCUCCUCCGCUGUGUCGUCUCGUGGGGCGGUGGUGGUGGUGGUGGACACGGAGAAGGGCAAGGAGUUCACCGGGCACUCCUACCAGAGCGCACUGAAUACGCUGCGGAAUGUGGUGAGUGGCGUGGGGCUCGCCGCCUUCAGGGAACGGAUGCAGCGCAUGUACCGGGACAAAGUGACGAACGGCAGUGGGAGCGCCGGUGUGGAGGCGUAUGGCGAGGGUGGAGACGGCAGCUGGGACGCGAGCGCUUCUACACAGGCGCCAUACGUCACAGUAGCUCAAUUUCUGGCAUACGUGGAGGCAUAA